AUGAAAAUAACCGCUAAUACACCGGGGAUGGAAAGCAAAAGCAUACAGAGCAGAAGCAUUGUGCCUGCGAUUCUUGGAAUAGAUCUUGGAACCACAAAUUCGUGUGUAUCCAUCAUGAGGAGUGGUGAGCCGGUGAUCAUUGAGAGUGCAGAAGGAGGACGCACAACGCCAUCGGUUGUGCAUGUGUCUGGAGAUGAUAUAAUUGUUGGCGAUCAGGCGAAGAGCAAGAUGCUGACGCAUCCAAAGCAAACGGUGUAUGCAGCAAAAAGACUGAUUGGGAGGAAGUUUGAUGACGAGGAGAUGAAGAAAUAUGUGAGGGGUUUGCCAUACGACACCGUAUCGCAUUGCAAUGGAGAUGUGUGGAUCAAAAUUGACGGGAAGAAGUACUCACCGGCACAGAUGGGUGCUUUUGUGCUUUCGAAGCUGAAGAUGAAUGCAGAGGCAUUUCUGAAUCAUCCGGUAACGAGGUCUGUGAUAACUGUUCCUGCAUACUUCAACGACAGCCAGCGGCAGGCAACAAAGGAUGCAGGCCGAAUAGCUGGGCUGGAUGUUGUCCGGGUUAUUAACGAGCCGACAGCAGCAGCAUUGGCAUAUGGCCUUGACAAGGCAGCUAGAGGGAAUGUUGCGGUGUAUGACCUAGGUGGAGGCACGUUUGAUAUUUCUAUACUUGAGCUUAGCGAUGGGGUGUUCCAUGUGAAGGCCACGAAUGGAGACACGUUUCUUGGAGGCGAGGACUUUGACAAUGAGAUAACAAAGGUUAUUCUUGAGGACUUCAAGAGGAAGGAGGGGAUUGACCUGAGUGAAGACAUUAAUGCAAUGGCAAGAAUAAAGGAAGGCUCUGAGAAGGUCAAGAAGGAUUUGUCAACAGCUAAUGUUUCACGGGUGGACAUUCCAUACAUAUGUAUUGGAGAGAAUGGGCCUGUGCAUCUAUCCAAGGUUUUUUUCAGAGACGAGAUGGAGGCGAUUGUUAAGAAGAUUGUUGAGAGAACGAUUCUUCCGUGUAAGAAAGCAUUGUCUGAUGCAAAGAUCGAAAGGUCUGACAUUAAGCAUGUUAUUCUUGUGGGAGGGAUGACGAGAAUGCCGUAUGUGAGAAAGGUUGUGAAGGAGAUAUUUGGGAUUGAUCCGUCAGUCGACAUCAAUCCUGAUGAGGCUGUUGCCAAAGGAGCGGCACUACAGGGGGGUGUUUUGAGUGGGGAAGUUGAAGAUGUGUUGCUUCUUGAUGUUGUGCCGCUAAGCCUUGGGAUUGAGCUUCUUGGAGGCGUAUUUAGCAAGGUGGUGAGCAGAAACACGACGAUUCCGUUCAAGGAGACACAGGUGUUUUCGACGUCUGAGGACAACCAGACGGAGGUGGACAUCAGAGUGUACCAAGGAGAGAGGAUGAUGACAGUAGACAACAAGUAUCUUGGGCAGAUUAAGCUUACGAAUAUUCGUGCAAUGCCUAAAGGUGCACCGAAGAUUGAGGUGACUUUUGAGUCUGAUGCGAAUGGAAUAUACAAGGUAACAGCACAGGAUGGGAUUACAAAGGAGCCGCAGUCGCUGGAAAUAAUUCCAUCGAGUGGAUUAACUGUGGAGGAGAUAGAGAGGAUGGUGAAAGAAGGAAAGGACUUCUGUGAGGCAGAUGAGAAGAAGAAGAAGAAAGCAGAGUUUGUGGUGAUGGCAAGGGAGUAUAUUGAGCAUCAUUGCAAGAAGGAAGGCGCUAGGGAGGAAGCUGAGAAGCUUAGAGAGCUGAUUCAAGGAGAGUUUGAGCUAGAGGAGGCAGAAAGGAAACUUGAGUGCCUGAAGAGAAAAUGA